GGAAAGGUGGGAUGUGAAAUGACAGGAUUUAAUUGAUUCUGCUCUGAACUCUGCUUCAUCUUUAGGAACCCGGAUUGGGUCGUAGUUGGAGGGAUCAGCAGAGCUUUGUCAGAGGAUUCAGUCCGCUCUCCAUCUUUGGUGGCUGACAUGUCGGUGCCAAACUGUGUCAGAAAACGGAUCAACAAACAUGUUCUACACCUGUGGUCCCAACGAAGCCAUGGUGGUGUCAGGUUUCUGUCGUUCUCCUCCGGUGAUGAUCGCUGGAGGCCGAGUGUUUGUCUUCCCGUGCAUUCAGCAGAUACAGAGGAUUUCUCUGAACACUCUGACUCUGAAUGUGAAGAGCGAUAAGGUUUACACCCGCCAUGGGGUUCCCGUCUCUGUUACUGGCAUCGCUCAGAUGAAGAUCCAGGGCCAGAACAAGCAGAUGUUGGCUGCAGCCUGUCAGAUGUUCAUGGGGAAGUCUGAGGCUGAAAUCGCUCACAUCGCCCUGGAGACGCUGGAGGGACACCAGCGGGCCAUCAUCGCCCACCUGACUGUAGAGGAGAUCUACAAAGACAGGAAGAAGUUCUCAGAGCAGGUUUUUAAGGUGGCCUCCUCUGAUCUGGUCAACAUGGGGAUCAGCGUGGUCAGCUACACUCUCAAGGAUGUCCACGAUGAUCAGGAUUAUCUGCACUCGCUGGGAAAAGCUCGGACCGCCCAGGUCCAGAAGGACGCUCGCAUCGGAGAGGCUCUGAACAAGAGAGACGCAGUGAUCAGGGAAGCCCACGCCAUGCAGGAGAAAAUCUCGGCUCAGUACAGGAACGAGAUCGACAUGGCCAAGGCCCAACGAGACUACGAGCUGAAGAAGGCGGCCUACGACAUCGAAGUGAACACCAAAAAGGCGGAGUCAGAGAUGGCUUUUCAGCUGCAGGUUGCGAAGACGAAGCAGCGCAUUGAGGAGGAGAAGAUGCAAGUCCAAGUGGUGGAGCGCGCGCAGCAGAUCAUGCUGCAGGAGCAGGAGAUCACCCGCAGGGAGAAGGAGCUGGAGGCCAAGGUGAAGAAACCUGCCGAGGCCGAGCGGUACCGCCUGGAGAAACUGGCUGAGGCUCAGCGAAUGAAGAUGAUCAUGGAGGCAGAGGCUGAAGCUGAGUCUAUUAGGGUUAAAGGUGAGGCUGAGGCGUUUGCGGUCGAGGCGAAAGGUCGCGCUGAGGCGGAGCAGAUGGCGAAGAAGGCCGAAGCCUUCCGGGAGUAUAAGGAUGGAGCCAUGGUGGACAUGCUGCUGGAGAAACUGCCUCUGAUGGCAGAAGAGAUCAGCAGGCCUCUCUGUGAAGCCAACAAAGUGACCAUGGUGUCCAGUGGAGGAGGAGAUGUAGGUGCAGCCAAGCUGGCAGGGGAGGUUCUGGAAAUCAUGACCCGCCUCCCUGAAGCCGUGGAGAAGCUGACCGGAGUCAACAUCUCUCAGGUUUCUUCUCGAACAGGCUGAAGGGAAUCAGACCAAGAAGCUUCUUGGUAGAUCUGUUCUCCGUCUGUCUUGAUUCCUCCAUCGUAACGUCUGCUUCCUCACCUCUGACCUUCUGUGUCGCUGUUUCCCUCCACUGGUUUGUUAUUGAUGUUGUUCGUUAUCUGAGUUAAAUAUUUAAUAAAUAUUAAUUUAUUUUGUGUUUUUAAAAAAUGUUUUCAUAAGUUUAAAACUGUCAAAUUGUUUCACAUAUGCAGUAAAGCAAAUUUUUAAAAUGACUUAUUUUGGCAUUGGCGCAAUGUUCAAAAUGACUAAAACAAAUUAUUUGCUAGUUUAUCCGAUCGGCUUUAAUCCCAGGAUGAUUUAUUGUUCAAAAUUAAGUGUCCUAGAAAAGGAAAAACUUUCAUCUGAAAAUGUUUAGAUAUUGGACUGAAAAUGAAUGUUAGAGUCUGUUUAAAACCCACAGAAAUGAAAGGUGACUCAAACUUUUGCGCGGAAUAGUUUUACCGCUUUAAUUUCACAGGAAUAAUUUUACUGUAUUUCUUACUAUAUAUAUAUAUAUAUAUAUAUAUAUAUAUAUAUAUAUAUAUAUAUAUUUCCCAUCCAAAUAUGCUGGUUUUAUUGUUGUCAGUCUCACUACUUACUGUAAUAGUAAUAGAUUUAAUGCAUCUUAUUAGUUUUAGAAAUGUCCUCCCUGAUAGAUUAAAAGAUACUCAAUGUGUAGCUAAUGAUUUUUGUACAUCUUCUGCCUGCUGUACGUGUUUUCAUGCCAUGCCUCCUUCUGUGUUUACCUCCAACAUCUCUGACACUGCCAGUGUCUGCUGCCUUGCUGCCAAACCUCAAGUGCAUCUUAGAAUGAC